UUAAAAAAAAUAUAAAAAAAAAUAAAAAAAAAAAAAAGAGAACUAGAUGAUUUCUUAUAAGCCUUCCAACUCAAAAGUCCUUUUGCUUAGGGUGUAUUUUUAUGAGAUGAAAGGAAGCAGCACAUCUGGGAAUUGCAUCUGGACUUGAAUAUGUUCUUUUCCCCUAGAUUAUGAUCUAAAACCUAUCUUGUGCUUUCCCUUUAUCCUGGCAGUCAAUUUAAUGCAAGCAUUAAAUUACUAUGUGCCUAGCCUCAGGUAUACAAAGUGCAAGAUGAAAUUUCUUUUUUAAAUAAUCACAUACUUACAUGGUGGGAAAAAGGGGAGAAAUUACAUGUGGACAUUAGGAGACAUUAGGGUUCCCAGAAUAAAUCCACCUCCUUGAAAGCAGGGACUAUCUGGCUUGUAUUCAUAUUCCUAGCACUUAGCCCAGUUCGUGGAACAUUUUAAAGCACUUAGCACAUGCUUCACCUAUCUUUUAUCUUUAGUGGUUAUUGUAUGACAGUUGUGAUACCUGAAAAUAACGACUGUGUCCAUAAAUUCAUUCCUUACUUUGCAGUGGCACUGGGAAAGAAUGGAAGCAAGAGUUUGUUAAAGAGUGGGCUACACUGAAUCUUGGGGUGCUCUAGCAGGCAUGAGGAAGAGAAGUCAUUCAGCUGUUGCAGUAGAUCUUGGCUCUGGGACAAUAUUCUUGAGAUGCUGAGAGAAUUUGGUAGUCACCCCCAACUUCUUCCUCUCACUUGCCACAAACACAAAAAUAUAGCGUCCCAGAUAGCCUAGGCCUGAACGCCCCAGGUUUCUUCCGGAGCCUUCCUUCCGCGUUUCACUUUCUCCUGAUGGAAAGAAGUGAUCUGGAGUCAGAAGACCAGGGUUCGAACCCCGUCUGUGCUAGUUACUAAACUGGUAACUUCCAGCAAGUCACUUCCCCUCCAGGCCUCAGUUUCCUCAUCAGUAAAAAGAGGAGCUUGGCUUCUAAGCUCUUUAAGGUGCGCGGAACAGGGGCGUGUCCAGGCCGGGGGCGGAGCUCUUUGGUGACGUCACGCUGCUCCUGUAAGCGCGGAGGCGGCUCCGGUUCCUGCUGCCGCCGUUCUUCUUCCCCCCCAGCAACCUGCCGGUUCCCGGCUCCCGGCUCCCCGUUCCCCGCUCCUCCCUCCCCGGCCCAGCCAUGGGCCUCACGGUGUCCGCGCUCUUCUCGCGGAUCUUCGGGAAGAAGCAGAUGCGGAUCCUCAUGGUCGGCUUGGAUGCCGCAGGCAAGACCACAAUCCUCUACAAACUGAAGCUGGGCGAGAUUGUCACCACCAUCCCCACCAUAGGCUUCAACGUGGAAACAGUGGAAUAUAAGAACAUUUGUUUCACCGUCUGGGAUGUAGGAGGCCAGGACAAGAUUCGGCCUCUCUGGAGACACUACUUCCAAAAUACUCAGGGUCUUAUCUUCGUAGUGGACAGCAAUGAUAGAGAAAGAGUCCAAGAAUCUGCUGAUGAGCUUCAGAAGAUGCUCCAAGAGGAUGAGCUUCGAGAGGCUGUGUUGCUGGUAUUUGCAAAUAAGCAGGACAUGCCCAAUGCCAUGCCUGUGAGUGAGCUGACUGACAAGUUGGGUUUGCAGAGCUUGAGAAGCCGGACAUGGUACGUCCAAGCAACCUGUGCCACACAGGGUACAGGGCUGUAUGAUGGACUAGACUGGCUGUCCCAUGAGCUGUCAAAGCGCUAGCUACCCCUAAUGGAAAAGGGCAAGACCCCUACUGGAAGAAAAUUGCCAGGUCAUGUCUCUUGGACAAUUGGACUCUUGAGGACUCCUGAGGCAGCAUUCCCCUCUCCUACCCACCUCCCCCUUCUUACACACACACUCACACUCACGCUCAUAUACACUCUUACAGCUGUUCUUGCCUGCAUGUUCUCUCUUACCAGGACCAGAAAGACUAGCCCUCUGGGUCCUGGGGGAGGGACGGGAGAAGGGGUUUAUCUUCUGCAUCCGUAGGAACUAUGGAAGCAGCUGCAAGAACCAAGGCCUUCCAGAAAAGAAAAUGGGUUGACAUUUGAUUUCAUUCUUUUGGGUGCCCUUCUUUGGGGUAAGUGGGGAGGGGGACCAGACUGGUGCUGUGAUUCAGUGCUGGAUAUUGAAUAAUAAAUUUG